GUUAAAUCAUAUUUGUCCUGAAUACAUAUAUGUCCGAGGUGCACUCACAUUAGCAAAAGGGACACGCAGUUAUACAAUAUCAAGAUCAUGGGUGGCUUUCUCUCGUCAAUGGCACCCCCUCUUACAGAGGCUAACCUCCCUGACCAAACCGGCAAGGUCUUUAUAGUAACCGGCGCCACCUCAGGCUACGGCCUCCUCCUCGCGACAAUUCUCUACCAGCGGAAUGGCACCGUCUACCUCGCCGCCCGCGACACCACAAAGCUCCAGCAAGUUGCCGACGGUCUGCGCACCCGGUUUCCCAACUCCACCGGCUCCGUGCAUUCCCUCGCUCUAGACCUCAGCGACCUCUCCACGAUCAAGAGAUCCGCAGACGAAUUCCUGUCCCGGGAAUCCAAGCUACACGUUCUCUGGCACAACGCAGGCGUCAUGAUCCCGCGACAGGGAUCCACGACAAAGCAGGGUUACGAGCUCCAGCUCGGCACGAACAACGUGGGCCCGACCCUGCUCACGAAGCUGCUCUAUCCGGCGCUCAAGAACGCGGCUGCGGACCCACAGACACCCAAGGACUCGGUCCGAGUCGUCUGGGUUUCGUCCGUGGUUGCCACGCGUGCGCCCACGCCGGCGAUCGAUUUUGAUAAUAUGGAUUACCACACCGAUGAAGGGGCGUGGAGUAAGUACGGGCGCAGCAAGGCCGGGAAUGUGCUUCAGGCGGCGGCUCUGGCUAGGCGCGGGAAGGAUGAUGGGAUCACUCUAGACCCUGGCGUUGCCAUGACAGGUCUGCAGAGGACCAUGCCAGGGUGGCUUCAGAUUAUCGUUCGCCUCAUCGCACAAAAACCAGAGAUUGGCGCGUAUACGCAGCUCUACGCAGGAUUGCAGCCGGAUCUUGACGUGCACAAGCCAGAGACCUGGGUUGUUCCGCCAGGCAAACUGGUGAGCGGGCGGGCUGAUUUUUUUGACCGGGAGUUGAGCGAGAGGUUUUGGGAUUGGAACGAGGAGCAGGUCAAGGCGUAUCUUUGA